AUGAGAAACGGCGACGCGAUUGCUGAGGAUGACCUCAUCUUGUGCUGUGCACUGUGCUGUGCCAACCUGUCAAUUCUUUCCGGGUGUGAAUGUCUCGGAUGUAGUGGAAAGGCGGGAAUAUGUUGCUUCAACUUGGAAUGCUGCUUCAAGCCGGGAGCUCCAUGCUUGACACCUUUGUGUUGCCUCGGCAUCAAAUGCGAGAACGAUGGCCACUCUCUCUUGAACGCUCAGUGUCAUGCUCUCAUGCUCGUCUUUUCGUGCGCCGUUCCCUGUAACGAAGAAGUGCCCGUCGCUGUGUCGAUUGCUGGACUUACGCUCUAUCCCAAAUGCGGCUUCUGCAUCAAGCAGAGGGCCUUGAAAACUCCGAUGGUACGCUAA